AUGUUGUCCAUCUCCUCCGCCCGCAAGACCUUGAACUUGGUCCCCACCGUCCUCAAGGCCGGAUACGCCACCGCCGUCUCCAAGACUGGCAACGGCGUCAAGGUCGCUGCUUUUGACGAGAGCUCCCCCACCGCCUCCGUCUCCCUCGUCAUCAACGCCGGUGCCCGUUUCGAGCCCCAGGGCAAGGCUGGUAUCGCCCACUUUGCCAAGAACUUUGGCUUCAAGAACAACGGCAAGCGCUCCGCUUUCCGCAUUGCCCGCGAGACUGAGCUCGUUGGUGGUGUCCUUACUGCCAACCUUGGCCGUGAGAACGUCACCUUCACCGCUGAGUGCUUGAAGGAGGAUGUCCCAUACUUCGUCGAGGUCUUCGGUGACCUCGUUGCCCAGACCAAGUUCGCCGAGCACGAGUUCCACGGUGUCGCCCACCAGGUCGCUGCCGAGGCCUCCUACGCCGAGUCUUCCCCCGAGAUCACCGUCAUCGAGGCUGCCCACAACGCCGCUUUCCGCAGCGGACUCGGCAACUCUGUCUACGCCGCCCCUUACGCCGAGAUCUCCACCUCGGACUUGAAGAAGUUCGCCGCCGACAACUUUGUUGCCAAUAAGAUCGCCCUCGUUGCCACCGGUGUCUCUGAGGCCGAGCUCAAGAACUUGGCCAACUCUGCCUUCAGCGACGUUGCUGCUGGUUCUGAGGCCAAGGCCCAGGAUGCUAAGUACUACGGUGGUGAUGUCCGUGUUGCCCAGAACACCGAGGCUGGUCACGUUGCCGUUGCCUUCCAGGGAGCUGCUGCCGGUACCCCCGAGUUCUACACUGCCCAGGUCCUCCGCUCCUUGCUCGGAGGUGACCGCUUCGUCAAGUGGUCGACCGCUGGUGUCUCUCCCCUCUCUGCUGCCGCUGGCAAGAUCGGUCACGGUGCCCAGAUCUCUGCCUUCAACUUUGGAUACUCUGAUGCUGGUCUCUUCGGUAUCUACGCUCAGGCUGACCACAAGAACAUUGCCGAGGCUGCCAAGACCGCCGUCGCUUCCUUGAAGGCUGCCUCCAAGUCUGUCUCUGCUGACGAGUUCAAGCGUGCUUUGGCCCAGGCCAAGUUCGAGACCGCUGCCCGCUAUGAGACCCGCGCCGCCUCGACCGAGAUCCUCGCUGCCCAGGCUUUCCAGGGCCAGAAGGUUUCUGCCUCAGAAUCCCUUGCUGCCUUCGACAAGGUCUCUGCCGCCGAUGUUUCCAAAUUCGCUGCCAAGCUCUUGAGCAGCAAGCCUACCACCGUUGUCCUCGGCAGAACCUCCGAGCUCCCUUACGGUGAUGCCUUGUUCUAA